AUGUCCUUCGACGCAAGCACCGCCACGCCCUCAAACCGCCGCCGGCUGUCUAUCCCAGACGAUGAAUCCGACCAAGGCCGCCCACCGCAAAGACCACGGAACGAGGGCACCCCCGCCUCCCCCCCCGCGUUCAACCCAUUCCUGCUGUUGAACCCCACCGACCCCCAGGGAGCCCGCAAAGACCCGGGUCACCUCCCAGAUGAACCAGUGAUCUUGACUCCAAAUCAGCAGCUAUACGCCGAUUUCGGGGUCCGGCCGGUCUCUGAGGAACUAUUAUCGCGGUAUGAAUUGCCGAUCCAGAUGCUGGAAGUGGACCGAUCAGGCUUAGUAUUAGCCUUGCUCACCGCUAUACUCCAGCACCGAGGAGCCGCGGGCCCCAACGGACCCCCAGACCAAGCCCCGGCGCAGGCGCCCAUUCCCCUGAGCCACGCUGACCGAGAGCUCAUGCGGAGUGCCGCACGCGACGCAAUGAUGAUUGCAAACGUUGACGCAUACGCCGGCGAUAAUCGUGAACGAUCGGUCUUCCGAAUGGUCACUGCGGCUCUCCGGGCCCAACCCAAAGCAUACAUCCGGGCCGACUUUCCCCCCCAGUUUCUCCAAGAAGACCGCUUGGCCCUCAGCCACGUCCACACCAAGGUGAGGAGACAGGUGAAGAAUGUACAACACCUGGUACGCAACCAUGCGCUCACGGGCGUUGUCCUCGGUCAUUCGCAUAUGGUGCUCCUGGUCAUCCCCACCCUUGACGUGUGGAUGCUCCUCGUCGUCCAGAAGGACCAUCUCCUAUUUGGGAUGUCCCCGCUUCUGGCCGACCUGGAUCGCAACAACUGCACCUGCCCCACCGUCGACGAGGUCAACAUCCAGGUCGGACUGAUGGCUUGA